CGACAAAGGAUAUCACCAUUUAUUAGGAUCUUUGUCCGUUUCUAGAGAUAUAUUAUAAAGUUAGAUGAGAAGACCAUGCGUAAAUUAUGAUUUUCCAGCUCGUCUUCAUUGUACUAUAUGUCUACAGUUGCACUGGUCAAUAAGGAUCAUCUUAAUUACCUAGAAGGACAUCAAUGUUCCAAACAAAAGGGUCCCCAGUUUCAAUAAGAAAUUCAAAUUAAAAGUCAAAUAAUAAAGCGGAAGUACAAUAUACAGCUCCAAUUUUGUACCAACUAUUAAGUGCACCAGAAGAAACCAAAGCAGUUAGCAGAAAUUUUUCACUUGUAUAAUUUCAAACUAAACCCCAUUACUCUAUUCUUCUUUUUUGGGGAGCAAACACAUCACGUAAUCAUGUACUUAUUCCACCAGAGAAGCAUACAAGGACACAGUGGUCCAUCUCCCGACUUUUCUCCCCUUUUUAAACACUUCAAAAAAUUCAUUAUUCCAACCACAAGCCCAUCCCUCAACAUUACUUAGUCCUAACCAGACUUUCACCACCAUUUCAUAAAACUAUAACUUGAAAGCUUUACCAAAAAAUGGAGGGGCAGAGAACACAACGACGGGGUUACUUGAAAGACAAGGUUACAGUCUCCAAGCUUGAUGAAGAAGAAACGGAGAAUGGUAUGGAUGGAGAAGAGGAAGAUGGGGGAGAUGAAGACAAAAGGAAGCGAGUGAUGGAGAGAGUUAGAGGUCCUAGCACCGACCGUGUUCCAUCUCGACUGUGCCAGGUCGAUAGGUGCACUGCUAAUUUGACUGAUGCCAAGCAGUAUUACCGCAGACACAGAGUUUGUGAAGUUCAUGCAAAGGCAUCUGCUGCAACUGUUACAGGCGUCAGGCAACGUUUCUGUCAACAAUGCAGCAGGUUUCAUGAGCUACCAGAGUUUGAUGAAGCUAAAAGAAGUUGUAGGAGGCGCUUGGCUGGACACAAUGAGAGGAGGAGGAAGAUUUCUUGUGACAUUUAUGGAGAAGGGUCAGGCCGGAGAGGGUUUAGUAGUCAAUUGAUCCAGACUCAAGAAAGAAACAGGGUAGAGAUGAAACUUCCUAUGACCAACUCGUCAUUCAAGCGACCCCAGAUCAGAUAAACCCUCCCGCUCCCUCUCUUCUGUCAUCUACAUAUGCUCUAUUUUGUUAUCCAAAUAAUGGCAUCUAACCAUGUCAAGAAAAGCGAGUCAAUGGUAUCGAAUCCUACACCAAUAUAUAACUACAUCCCUAUGGUUCCCUCUAUGUUGUCCUGUAAUGGAUGUCUAUCAGCAAAUCCAAAAGACCUAGGCAUCAUGCGUCUAAUAAUGUUUAGUGAUCGUGUUUCCUGUAUGUUUGAAGAUACGAUUAUGAUAUGUUUUUUCUACUCUCACAGUCUUCACUUGAUCAUUUAUAUGAGUAACGCUAAUUGAAAAGGCCAAAAUGAGAGAAGAGAAG